CGCCUCCAGCCAGCGCCAGCUCCGCGCCCGCUCCCAGCCCCGCGACGCCCCCCGGCGCCCCCCGGCCAAGGCGCCGCUUCCCUCCAGGCCAUGCCCGAGCCGUGCCCGAGGGGCUCCCCGGGCCGAGGGGGCAGUGAGGCGGGGGGGUGUCUGCGGGGCAGGGCCGGGGGGUGCUCUGGCGGCUGAGCGAGGCGGUGCCAGGGCUGGGGGCGGAUUUUUUGAGAGCAGCCUCGGCUGCUCAGAGCCGCGGCGGCCGCCGGAGGAGCGGGACGGCUGCUUCUGCCUCUGCCUGGAGGAGGAGGAGGAGGAGGAAGAAGAGGCUCCGACCGCCGCCUCUCCCUCCCGCCCCCCCCUUUCCCCUUCCGCCCCAUACCUUUAUGGACGAGCGCCGGAGCUUGCUCCACUCUCCGGCUGCCUCUUCCGCCGGCCGGCCGCCGAGCAGCAGCCACCACAACCUGGGCUACACCGAGCAGCCGCCCCCCGCCGGCCCCCGGCCCCACGAGGAGGAAGAGGGCGAGGAGGCGGAGGAAGGCAGCAUGACCGUGGUGGGGGGGGGCGGCGGCGGAGACCCCCUGCUGGAGGAGCCGCAACAUCCGCACCCUUUGCUGGUGGGGGACCGCUACGACCACCCUCUGCCUCCGGCCACCGGCCCCACCGGGCACCCCGCGGGCAGUGGGGAGCACGAGUGCUGCGAGCGGGUGGUGAUCAACAUCUCCGGGCUGCGCUUUGAGACCCAGCUCAAGACACUGGCGCAGUUCCCUGAAACGCUGCUGGGAGACCCCCGUAAGAGGAUGCGCUACUUCGACCCCCUCCGCAACGAGUAUUUUUUUGACCGCAACCGGCCCAGCUUCGACGCCAUCCUCUAUUACUACCAGUCAGGUGGGCGCAUCCGACGGCCCGUCAACGUCCCCAUCGAUAUCUUCUCUGAGGAGAUUCGCUUCUACCAGCUAGGGGAGGAGGCCAUGGAGAAGUUCCGGGAGGAUGAAGGUUUCAUUCGGGAGGAGCAGCGGCCACUCCCAGACAAGGAGUUUCAGCGUCAGGUGUGGCUGCUCUUUGAAUAUCCCGAGAGCUCUGGGCCAGCCCGAGGCAUUGCCAUCGUCUCUGUCCUGGUCAUCCUUAUCUCCAUCGUCAUCUUCUGUUUGGAGACCCUGCCUGAAUUCAGGGAUGACCACGACUAUGAGGGAACUGGGGGGACCUUUGGGACAGGCGGUGGCCCUCUCCCACCUGAUGUUUUCACCAACUCCUCGUCCUCGGCCACUUCCAUGGUGUCAUCCUUCACUGACCCUUUCUUUGUGGUGGAGACUUUGUGCAUCAUCUGGUUCUCCUUUGAGCUGCUGGUCCGCUUCUUUGCCUGCCCCAGCAAGGCCACCUUCUCCAAGAACAUCAUGAACAUCAUUGACAUUGUGGCCAUUAUCCCCUACUUCAUCACACUGGGCACUGAGCUGGCAGAGAGGCAAGGCAAUGGCCAGCAAGCCAUGUCCCUGGCCAUCCUCCGAGUCAUCCGUCUGGUCAGGGUCUUCCGCAUCUUCAAGCUCUCCCGACACUCCAAGGGGCUGCAGAUCCUGGGGCAGACCCUCAAAGCCAGCAUGAGGGAGCUGGGCUUGCUCAUUUUCUUCCUCUUCAUCGGCGUCAUCCUCUUCUCCAGUGCUGUCUACUUCGCAGAAGCUGAUGACCCCAGUUCAGGUUUCAGUAGCAUCCCUGAUGCCUUCUGGUGGGCGGUGGUGACCAUGACCACAGUGGGCUAUGGGGACAUGCACCCCAUCACUAUUGGGGGCAAGAUUGUGGGGUCUCUGUGUGCCAUCGCGGGGGUGCUAACCAUUGCUCUGCCCGUGCCCGUGAUAGUCUCCAAUUUCAACUAUUUCUACCACCGGGAGACAGAAGGCGAGGAGCAAGCCCAGUACAUGCAUGUUGGGAGCUGCCAGCACCUCUCGUCUACCGAGGAGAUGAGGAAGGCGCGGAGCAAUUCCACCCUCAGCAAGUCCGAGUACAUGGUGAUAGAGGAGGGGGGAAUCAACCACAGUGCAUUCAAACAGGCUGCCUUUAAGACAGGGAACUGCACAACCACAAACAAUCCCAACUGUGUGAAUAUCAAAAAGAUCUUUACGGAUGUUUAAAAACAAAACAGCAGCAAAACCCGAGGAUGUGGUAAAAAAUAAUAAAUGCAAAGUGACUGUGUACUUGGUGUUGUGUGGAACAUGCACCAUCGUCAGUCUGUGUAUGCCCUUGUUUUUAUACGUUUAUUUUUUUAGAUCUUUCCUUUCUAAAGAUCUUAAAGGGAUUUAAAUUGCUCUGAAGAGAAGAGGACAGCUAACAGUUAAAGAGGUGGAAGAAGAAGACAAAACACUCUCACCGCUGAAGCAGGUGUUUGUUCUGCAACGUGUUGCAGGGCUGCUUUUGUUUUCUUGCUUUUGGGGACAUCUUGCUUUGCUCCUGAUUUCUCCCCCCCCCUUCCCUACAGGCAGCAUGGAGCCGAUUUCCCUUCCAUCACAUAAGCUCACUUGUUGGAUUAGCAGCCCUGGAUUGGGUGGGGAGACGAGGAAAACAUGUUGCAGAGCACACUAUAAGGGGGCUGGGAGGAAAAAACCAUUUAAUUUUGCAGAGAGUCUCUGUUACCACAUUGUUAAAUGGUGCUUAAUAUUGAAACAUGUGGUGUGCCGUUACGGGCACAUCACAGAUUGCCUUUUCUCUCCCACUAGAUCAUUUAUGAAAUUCUAAUCUGGUCAGAGACCAAGUGCAAUCAGUUCUGACUUAAAGACAAAACAAAACAAAAAAAACAAAACACUAAUUUUCUAUUCUUAAUUCCCUUCCCCUGCAGCACUAUGGCAUUAUUCCAUCCAGCAUAAAAUCUGUGGCCGCACAGCGGGUCUGUGUGCUCUGGGGGAAGGCAAAAGGCAAAAUUGAAUGGUUAUGGUAUGCAGGGAGUGAUGCCGGCAAGGACCAGGAGAUGCCAGCUCUGCGAUGGGCUCCUUGCUGUGGCCAUGCAGCCUCAGACCCACCAAGCUGGACAAAAAGGGAUAUUUCCACCUUUUUGCAAUGCAUUUAGGAGAGAUACAGCUGCUUAUCGCAAGAAGAUUAGAGUGGUGAACACGCCUUCCAACGGAAGUCACUAAUUUGGACUGGAGUGAUACAGUUGCCAUGGCUACCCUAGUUUCCUGGGAAACCCCAAAAGGUUGUCAUGGCAUCCUUUCUCCCAUCCCCCUUGGUCCUUGUCGUUCCUGCAAAAACCUUUCCAGAUGGUUCCAGCCCUGCAAUUCUGCAGGACACUGUGUCUCUGCAACUCGCAGGGCACCCAUUCCUGCAUCCCCAUCCUGUCGCUGCACCCCCUUCUGCACUGUGUCCCCAUGAACCAAACACCCACCUGUAGGCAAUAAGCACACCCCAAAAUUCCCCUCUUCCUCCCAGAAGAGUUCACACCUUGGCAGUGAAAUCUGGGAGCCAAGCCUCGUCCUGCAGACAUGAGCCGCCGCUUGGACAUAGCAGCAGUGGCGCUACACCACCAAGAACCGUGCUUGCCCCAUGCCACAUGAAACCCUGAAGCUCCCCCAAAGCAUCCUCCAAGGGCAAGAAUGGCCCCGAGCAGCCACCAGGAAAACUCAGCUGGGAAAGUGUGGCAGACUUUGGAAACAAGGGGGACAAAUGCAGACCUGUUAAGAGCAGGAUUGAAAAGUAACCUAAACCCCUCCAGGGAAAGCGUGCCUCCUUCAUCAUUCCGUGUACACCAGGGGCCAAAGGACAUCUGAUGGGAUCAGAUAACAGAAGCUUCGAAUUUAAGAGCUUCAGGACUGUGUUGAAGAAUAAAACACCUCAAAGGAAAUCACACACAUCCCAACCUCGACAGAUGGAAGGUCCGUCCUCCUGCACUCCAACAUGUUAAACAUUUGCUAUGCUAUCUGUGUCUUCUAACACAAGUGCAUUAUGUACCAGGGAUCAUCUUUUCAGCUGGAAGAUUAUUUUCAGAUCAUGUGCAAUAUGAUGAAACUGAACAAAUCAAGAAAAAAGGCAGAGGGGAGGUGGAAAUCAUUUGGACAUUAUUUCAUUAAUAUAUAUAUAAAAAAAAAAAAGAAAAAAAAAAAAAAGAAAGGUUAAGUAACCAGAAAGGAAAUGUUAAGCAGAGCUGCUAAUAAGCAGUCCAAAUAUUUUGCUUGGGAUGGGAGGGAAAUGGGGAAAAUUCAGUUGCUCACAGUGUUCUCUUUCCAAUGACACAGGCUUUUUUCAGCAGUGGGAAGUGAAUAAGUUCUAUUUUCUGGCUUUCCUGUAUACAUUCUUUAUAAGUAGGAAUGUGCCACACCAAAGCUGUGAUUUACUUCAAGUCCUCAUAAUGCACCAGGAAAAUCCCAUCUCUACCAACACUGAGGAAAAUCAUGUCAGCCAGUCCACAAGUUGUGCCUUGCUUUCAGAAACAUUGUGGAAAAAAAAAAAAAAAAAAAAAAAAAAAGAAGAAAUGACAGUUUUCCAGGGCUGGAAUAGCUGAAAAACCCAAUCCUGAGUUGUCAUGCCCUACUUCAUUUCAUGAGAGCUCAUGUACCUGUCUCUGCUCCUACACAGUACUUUGGUCCCAAGUUAAUAUUAUAGUAUUUUAUUCCUAAUACUGUAAUAAAAGGGAAAUGCAUCACUGCUCUGCCCAUCACUGGUUUAUUUUGCACACUGGUGUUUUUUUGCUCUGCUGGCUUCCCCUGUGGGCUGUCCACUGUGAAGCUGUCAAAACUGGGCAGUUUAUAACCUCAGUGCAUUUCCUAGGACAGUAUGGGUAAGCAUCAGCCUGAUUCAAAAGGAUAAAUGGUCUGCAGAGGUACAAUGCAAGCAGCAAAGGGGUAGAUGCUCUCUCUUGCUUCUGGCUCUCACUUCAUCCACCUCCCCAGCUCCAUCUGCACCCUGCUGCCAUCCCAGCUUUGAGGCUAAAACAUGCCCAGCGCAUGCUCCGUUGCAGAAGCAAGGCAAUACUUGCAGAAAGUUGGAUAUCUGCGUGAAACUAAUGUUGGUGGGAUUGAGCUGGGCACAAGAACCUCUGCACCUGCACUACAAUACCUCUGCAGGGAGGAGAAAGAGGUUCUUGUAGCUGUUGCAAAAGCAAGUCACUCAUCAGGGCUGGCCCAAGUGAAAUGAACUGGCUGAUUCUGAAGCAGAAGAUGCACAAGGGGAGGCAAUGGGAGCCCAAAUGGGAGCUUGCGUGAAGUAGACUCUUGAGUCCAUCAUGGAGGGUGACAGCAAAACCUGGCUUUCCUGGGCUGCAUCCACCAACAUGCUGGGAGCUGAGCUGUUCACCCACAUUUCAAACAAGACCCUGGGUGUGGACAGGAAAUAUCCACGGGAGAUGUGUGGGAUGCUCUGAGUCACAGCCCAAGUGAGGAUGCUUUUAAAAAUAAACAUCUACCUGGAAGAAAGGCUCUGAAGGGGGAAAGCUCAGGGGAACACCCAUGGCAAAGCAACCAUCUGUCUGCACCAUGUCUUCUUGCAGCAGAGCUUUGAAGACAAACAAAGCCCAGGUAGGCUUCUGAGCUGUCCUCUAGAACUGGGAAAGCUCUGGACUUGUCUGUACUUCAGCAGCAGACGUCGUCCUCAUUUCUGGCUAAGCCCUGCAUGCAAACUUCAACCAAAAUUAGAAUUGAGAAAUUCCCUCCACUGUGGGGAGUUGAUGUGGUUCUCAGAAGGACAUGUUGACUUUGGUGAGGUCAUGUUUAUUUAUUCAUUUAAAAGCAAAACAAACAAAAAAAAUAGCAACAACAAACCACGGCUCGUUUUUGGGCUUGAAUUCCUCCUGUGCCCGUGCACCUAUGGUGGUGGUGGAGCCACAGAAGCAAUUCCUUGGCUUCCCAAAACAAAAGUCACUGAAGCUCUGCACAGGUGCAGGACAGGGAAAAUGGGCUGGGAUGGUAAGCAAAGAAAAAAAGUGAAAAAACAACAGUGUUACUCAAAGCUACAUUGGUUACCUUGGGGAACUAAGAGCAAGAGUUCAUCUGGCCCUCAGUGGGACAGGGUUUCUUGGGCUUGUUUGCAUUUAUUUCCAGUGUGGUAGGAACCCUGUAGCUGUGGAUGCAUUGGGAAGGGUGUGGGUGUGGUGUUGCUGGUACCAGGCUCCACGGUGGCUUCAGCAGCAAUGGGAGCAGAGGAAGGUGGGUUGAGGGCCAAGGUUGCUGCCAGAAGCCCAGGAGCAGGUCCCUGAGCCCACGAGAUGAGCUGGGGGUGCCAGGGAACUAUGGCAGUGGAGCUCUCUGAGGUGUGAAAUCCAAAAAGCUCAAAUUAAAACUAAUUGGAGCAGUGGCUCUCAUUAUCCUCACUGUUGGCCACGUCCUGCCUGAAGGCCAGCCCAAGGUGGCUGGGAGAGGUAUCCCCUCUGCCCCAACCCCAUACAUUGCUCUGCCAGCAAAUCCCUGGGGAUCUGGUGAUAACCACAGCAUGGAUGCUCUGAGGAUGGGCUUGCAGGCAUUGUCACCUCAUGGCUAACUGUAACUUAACCUGGCACAGGUAACAACCCAAUUUCCCAGGUAUCCCAGGCAUCCAUUCUCGUGUCCUGUAAAGGGCAACUGUGUCCUCUCCCCAGGCUGGUUUGUGCUGCAGUUCCCCAGUACCAAAAUUAAUGCUUGGACCACAAACAUGUGUCCAGUGUCUGGGGGAUGAGCCCAUUUUCUUCACUGUGAGCCCCAAACAACCUAGCAGUGCUCUCUUCCCCGCUGCAGAGGAUGGAGCCGCCAGCAGGCUCAGGGGAGAUGGACCUGGACUCUUUGGGAUGAUGUCACAUCCCAAACUGCUAAAUAGCUGCAAAAAAUAUUUGUUUGCAGUUUCCUCUGCAGCACAAGACAUUUGCAGCCUGCUCCUGAGGCUGCAAAGGAGAUUGAACAAAAACUUUGACAAUUUCUGAAAAUAUCUUGAGGUGCAAGCACCUUUCUGCCAUGCUGGUGGGUUUGGACUGCAAAUAGCCCCAAGUGCUCAUGGAGGUCAGAUCCAGCAUCCCUCAGCAGGUAGUCUGUGUCACCUGCAGGGCACCAGCACCAGACGAGAUCACACAUUGGCAGGAGGAGAGUUGUUUUUCUGGACUGCAUCACAGCCCCAGCUCUUGGGAAGUCCUUGUCCCAAAGGUGUUAAAUUUAGUUUCUUUUGGAACAUGAAAUAGUAGCCCUUAAGAGGGGGGAUAGAAUGUAUCAGUACAAAAGUUAUUUUUAUUUUUCACUGGUGUUACAGAGAGUUUUUUUACGGCAUAUGUGUGUGUGUAAUACCUUUUCCAGUUUCAAUAGCCACUGUGUUAAAGCGUCUCCCCGUUAUGGUUUGAAAUGUGUGCUUUGAAGAACAAAGUGAAGGGAAGAGCAGAGCCUUUUAUGGGUCAGGUUUGAGCCAGAGCUCCUAAAGCAGAGAUGCCCCACGGGUUCUGGCCACUCUGCUUCUUCCAUGCAGCCCCAAACCUGCCCAACAGACAUCUCAAAGCGAUGGAAAUUUGCCUAAUUUCAGCCUGUUCUUGAUAUUGUACAUAGUGGCUCUGGGAAUGAAACCACCAUUUGGCAAACGUGUGCUCCAUGCUGUUGGAUUUCUUUUGCUUGGUUGCUGAACCAGCUAAUUGUUAAUGUGCUUUAUCAAAGUAACUGCGAGUUUUAUAGACUUCAACUGUUGGUCCAGUAUAUUAUCUGUGUUGCCACGACUCUGAAUAUAGUCUUUUGUGUUUUAAAGAUAACCAUCAUGUCAGGAGAGCCAUGUUGAAAUGCCAUUUUGGAAGGGGGUGGGGAGAAAGAUCUGACUUUGGCAAGGGAAGACAAAUAAAAAAUAUAUCCAGUCAAUUAAAAAAAAAAAACAAAACUGAUUUAAUGAUGGCUGACAGCAAGAUAAAAUCCAAAAAAAGUAGCAUAUAUUUAUUCGCAUAAUCAUCCUACUGCAGGCUGCUCAUCUUUAUUCAUGGCCCUUCAAAGCUAUGUUCAGAUGAUGAGAACUCAUGCAUUGUACGUGCUCUUGAGACACUGAACAUGUAUACGUUCCUGCUGCUGUCUGCAGCAAAUGCUGCCCACCAUCCCUUCUCCCUUUCGGGCUGUUAUUAAAGUGAACAAGAGUUUUGCUGUGGGGCCCAACCUGGAAGAUUUGCAAGGAAAGCCAGUAGGACGCUCUAAGUGGCACUGGAGGGCUCUGUCAAACUCCCAAGGGGACAGGGUGGUACUUGAGGCAGUAGGGUUGCAUAAAGCCACUAGGAUGAUGUUCAUGCCCACCAGCCAAGGGAUGUUGUAAGAAACAGGCAAAAUUAGAAAGCAAAAGAUUUCACAAGGUGUCUCAAUUGCUACAAGGGUGCUCAUGAACACUCAGGGACACAGUGGAUGGAAUGGGGCUCAGCAGCAUGGCUGGAGAGGGCUUUCAGAAAUGAUGCACACAGUGCUGUGAGGUUGUUCUGCUUGCUCCCCUAGAUUUGGGGAAAAAGUCAGGAUUUCUGCAGUACUGGCCUGGCCUCCAGCCUCUCUCCACAAGUGCUGGUGAGAACCCUCAAAAAUCAGCCUCUGUGUGCAGAUGGUUGUAAUUAAACACACGCGGAUGUUCUCUGAAACAGAUGUUCACGUGCUGCUACCACUACUGAAAUAUUUUAAAAUUAAGGAAUUCAUGGGACAGUUUUUCUCUCCUAAAAAGCUCUGGGAGACAGUGUGCUCCCCACUCUAUUGCUUUUCUUUUUGUUACAAAGACUUCUCUAGAAGGUUAUCCCUUGAGCUGAGAUUAAAGCCAUGCAGUGGCCCCUUUAAAUUGCAAAGCUCUGUAAUCCUGGUGUUUUUGUCUGCCAGCCUUUGAUACAGGUAAAUUGCCUUUCUUUUUCACACUUUUCUGCCCUCUCCAAGAUGACAUCAUCAGUGCAUCUUCAAAAUAAAUGGCCUGAGAUGCUGCUGUCCCCAGUAUGUUUCCAUACCCAUUUUCUCUGACUGCUCUGAAGCCAGGCCACUGAUACUGUUUCAGAUGGAUCCUACAAUUUCUGAGGGCGAUUUUGGAGAAGAACACCUUACCUGGCAUCAGGAAAGUCAUUGAAAUAUCUGGACAUGCACAAUGAAUUAUAUUAAGAGAAGUAGCAAUGCCAGGAAAUCGCAGACCAGUACUUGAAAUGGGGUGGUUUUAGAGCAAAAUGAUGUGUUUGCUGCCAUGCCCCUCUUGCUGCCAUUAGUGUAUGGGGAGGGGGACUUGACCAUUCAAGUUAUUCAGGCCUCGCAGUGCCAGUAAAGCAGUGCCUAAAAACUUAAUCUGUGUGCACCUAAGAUGACGUGUUAGGAAGAAAGUUGCCUUUAUUGUUGAGGGUGGAGUAUUCCCAUGGCUGAAUUUAGGACCUUUCAAGGAAGUCCCAAAAACAUUGCAGGAGAGGGCUGCUGCAGCCUGACCGACUGCAGCCUGACUCCAACACAGGAGGAGGUCCUCAUUUAUUAAUUUCCCAUCAUUUACUAUGCAAUUUAUUUUCAUGGUUUCUUCCUGUGACUGAGAUGGCUGGAUAUAAUUUUGACUUUGCUUUCCCUUGUCUGUGUGCUUGUCACUGGGCUGUGAGUGAUUUGGGUGGUACUGAAAGGUCUCCAUGACUGUCUCAGCAGGACCACACAUGGAUAUAUUUGAACAGUGAAAUAUUGCCUUGUGAAAUUCAGUGCAUCAGACUGAAAAACCAAGCAGUCUUCUCUGCAAGGAGUGAUCAGGUGCCACAGAAACAAUGCAAUUUUUGACUGGAGACAUAAAGUGCAGUCUUGUUGCUCUGAUUUCUUUUUUAUUUUGGUUUGGCCAGUGAACUGUGUUUCACUUGUUUCAACUUGUUCUGUUGAUACUGUUCUGAUGCUAAAACAAGCCGAUGCAUCUUGUUGUCCUGGUGAUCUCCACUGCACCAUGGGUCUUGUGUUCAGUUACCAGUAAACAUGAGUGAUUUUUUUUUGGUUGUGUGACUUUUUUACCUGAUGUUGAAUUUAUUUUUUUAAUGUUUUUCAUUAGAACUUAAAACUGUUAUUUCAUACACAAAGUUCAAUAAAAUAGCUAAAACAUA